AUGUCUCACAGUCCCGUAUAUCAACAAGGCGAGGGAGAGAUGGACGAGGAUGAUGCUUUUAUUCAAAGUCCACUGAAUCAAUACCGGCAAGCUGAAGAUGAUGGUGGGGAUGAAGGCGAAGGUGAAGAUACAGAGGGAGGGAGAGAGGGAGAAGGAGAAUCAGAGGGAGAAGAGGAAGAAUACGGAGACGAAGACGAAGACGAAGACGAAGACGAAGGAGGUGACGACGGCAUAAGCUACGACGAGAUCGAAGUCGAAAUUGAUGUCGAUGAAGUCGAGGACGAUGACGGGGAGGGACAAACGCCGGAUUAUGAAGCACAACAUCUCAUUGGACAACGCCGACUUCUGGCCAUGCUACGGAGCCACCAGGUCAGAAGGAUGCUUCGCCUCGGGGAUAUUCACCUAGAAGAAGAGGACGAAGGGGACGACAGCGAUGCGGCCUGGUGGGGCGGAAGAAGGCAGAGGACACGUCCGGACCCCAAUCGCUUUCCGAAGGUGCCAUCUGAGAAGGGUGCUGAGCUGAUGAACUCAGGGGCCUUUGGAGCGGAUCCAGCGUACACGGUUACGUCGAUUGAUAGGAAUAGAAUUGGGAAGAAGAAGCUUGCACUGCGGAUACUGGAUAGAGAGUUGGCUAUUGAGAGUCCUGCCAGACAAAGGUUAAACAAACGGCUCAUGGCCCAGGAUAUGAUACCUGCCUCGAAUGCUGACAUGGUCAUCUCUUACGAUCUACCAGUCUACUCGGGGCAGUUCUCGGAUGACGGGAAUUUCUUUUUCUCCGCCAACAAAGACUACAAAGUCCGAAUGUACGAUACCUCAAAUCCCUACAAGUGGCGGUAUUACAAGACAGUGGAGUAUCCCAUGGGACAAUGGACUCUCACGGACGCUUCGCUGAGCCCGGACAACAAGUAUCUAGCCUAUACAUCUAUACAGAGUCAAGUCUGCCUGGCCCCGACAGAUCCGAAUGAUAUGGGAGAUCCAUACGUCUUGGAUUUGGCGUUGACAGAGGGAGCUACUGGCAGAAACUACAGAUCAUUUGGCAUUUGGUCUAUUCGGUAUUCGGGUGAUGGUCGGCAAUUAGUCGCUGGUACGACCGGAGGUUCUGUUGUGCUUUAUGAUAUUGAGUCGCGCAGACAGCUGCACAGGAUUUAUGGGCAUGAUGACGAUGUCAAUGCGGUCUGUUUCGCUGACAAGUCUUCACCUCAUAUCCUCUAUUCUGGUUCGGAUGACACGACGCUCAAGGUAUGGGACACGAGAAGUAUGGGUGAAAGUCGAUCUGCGGGAGCUUUUAUUGGCCAUACCGAGGGUCUCACCUACAUUGAUAGCAAAGGAGAUGGCCGAUACAUCCUUAGCAACGGCAAAGACCAAACUAUGAAGCUUUGGGACCUACGAAUGGUCAUGCCCUCAGAGAAAUUCGAAUCUAUCAAUCCGCACCGCCGCGUCAACAAUGGAGAGCGCUUCGACUAUCGUUGGGGCUCCUACGACAUGAACGACUGGUACCAAGACCCAGAUGACAACUCAGUCGUCACUUUCCGCGGCCACAGAGUGCUACGUACACUGAUCCGUUGCCAUUUCUCUCCACCCUCCAGCACGAACUCACGCUACGUGUAUUCAGGAAGUGAGGACGGCAAAGUCUUCAUUUACAACAUGGACGCUACUCUCGCUGGUACUAUUGAUGUCUACAGCGCUACGCAAGGCGCCCAGCCCAUAUCCGCGGAUGAUGAGGGGGUCCACCCACAAACCGGCACGCCGUGGAGGACUUGUGUCAGAGAUGCGAGUUGGCAUCCUAAUGCACCGAUAAUUGUCGCGUCCGCGUGGAACGGGUAUGGAAUGUCAAGCGGUACAUGUACGGUACAUUCCUGGAACGAUGGGGCAGAGGACGACGAGGCAGAACCGAAGAUGGGACACCGCGUCAAUCAAAGGCUGGUGGCAGACCCGAUCUACCACGACAGGCUGGGGACGACGACCGCCACCACGCCCGCCACGACGAUGACGACGGGUGGAAUAGUGAUGAGACUGAGGCCCAGUUUUGAAGUCAUUUGA